GUACAAAAUGGCUGCCACGAAUGUCAACGCAACUGCUCGUUCAUGGAACCCGUCCUUUACACACACGGACAGGGAAAGGUGGAUUUGUAUUUACCCAGCAUAUAUUAACAGUAAGAAAACUAUAGCAGAAGGCAGGCGGAUUCCUAAAGAAGCGGGAGUGGACAAUCCAACGUACAAUGAGAUCAGGGAUGUGUGUGCCUCAGCUGGUAUUGUCCUAGGUGUAGAGAAUAAAGUGUAUCCUCGUGAAUUGGACCACAGAGACCAGAAGUCUAGAGGUCGUAUCCGAGUACAGCUGAAGAAAGAAGACGGCAGUCCAUUACUCGAACAGUUCCCCACCAGAAAGUCGGUGUACCUAUACCUAGGACAGAUGAUUUCUAAACUCAAAACACGCCAGCAGAGUCAAAGCUCAUCACAGUCUGCCUCACAACAACAACAGCAGAGCAGCAGCGGCGGCGGUGGGAAAAAUCAAAAAAAGAAAGGAAGGAAAGGGAAAUAACUGGGGUAUUUACCGAGAGAUGUGAAGGAACAGGACUACUGUAUAUAUCUGGCAUGAUGGAAACUGAAGUCAUUAUAGCUCUCAGGAGCAAGUACAGUACAAAGACAUGUGUUUCUCUUCCUGGUAUAGGAUUAUGAAAGCAAGGGAAGUUACUCUGGUCAAUACUGAUGACGGAAGAAGCGAAGUUAACUCUGGAAAGCUUGUGGGAGGGAAGAAAAUGUAUAUUUUGGACAAGGAGUGUUUGUGACUCUAACAACUAUGAGGCUUUCGAGGCUUUUGGAAGUAUCUACAUUUAGGAGAAUUAAAAGAAGAAAAACAAAUUCAUAAUUGGAGGUGUCUUUCAGCAGUUUUGGAUCUCCACAUUUCCACAUCCCUGUUGGAAAAUAAAAAUUCAAGAUCGGAUCACUGUGAAAUAAAAUGAGAUUAUUACUUGUUAAUGAAUCAUGAUGUAAGCAUCACCCUGAUGAAGUUUGGAGAGUAAAAUAACCAUGGUGAAGAGGAAAAUUCAAGAACAUACCCUAAUUCCUCAAACUUUUCGCAUUUGAAAGAGCAACUUUUCAGUACGAUUUAUGCACAUUUUGCGUUUCAUUUUGGAGAUAAAAACUACAUUGAUGUGGCUGGCCAAUUUCAUUGCUUCACGAAAAGUAUGAGUUUGUCAGUCUUCACAUACAUGUAGUAGUACCCUCAGAAUAUACAGAAUAAACAUCGUGUAAACAUGCGAGGGGCCUCCGUGGCUGGCGCAGCGUAAUGACCCAGGAGCCUCUCACCAAUGUGGUUGCUGUGAGUUCAAGUCCCGCUCAUGCUGGCUUCCUCUCUGGUCGUAAGUGGGAAGGUCUGCCAACAACCUGCGGAUCAGUGAGGGUAAAACCUUUGUCUUUGAAAUGUCUGUCAAGCAAGGUGUUCAUUCAUUGCCAGCCUUGGACAUGGUGUUUUCACAACACUGUGCCUCCUCUGUUCUUGGGGCCUUCGUGGCAAUGAACUCUGGGGGCCCCCUCAGAUGUUUAAAGCUCUGGACCAAUGCGGUACUGUGAGUUCAAGUCCAGCUCAGGCUGGCUUCCUCUCCAGCCAUAAGUGGGAAGAUCUACCAUCAACCUGAGAAUAGUCGUGGGUUUUCCCUUGGGGGAAAUAUUUUUGAGUACAGUG